UACUGUUUUAAACUAACUUGACCUAAGAGAACAAAUUCGAAUUAAAUUUUGAAUUUUAAACUUUUAAAAAAUGGUUGAAUCGCUGAUUGAAUGAUGAGCCCAGGAGGUGUUCUGUCCCUUCCCUGGCUACCUACCCAACGGAAAGGUUCUUCUGGUUGGAAAUAUGGGACUGUAUGACUAUAGACCCUAUGUCAAGAGGAUUAGUAAUGACAGACAGAUUAUGUUUGAUUGUAAUAAAGAAUUCAGAAUUGAUGAAGAAGGCCCACGGGGAGCAACAUGCAUAGAUGGAAGAUGGAGUCCUAGUCAUAUACCAGUCUGCCUUCCUGAUAAUCAUCCUAAUAUUAGAUGGUUGAAUAAGAGAGAGGUUGAAAAGAGCGAUGUUGCGGAGAUAUUACAGGAAUUAUCUGCUGGUUUAAACCAAGGGUGGAGCAACGACAAAAAGAAAAGAGUUAAACGAAGCCUGAUCAGAAGAAGAAGAGAAGCAAAAGAUGGUGAUUGUUCACAACUAGAAAACGAUCUUCUGAGCUUAGAGUUGGUUAAAGCAGGGAAGGAAGGACCGGAGUACUAUAGAAACGGUGCAAAUGUCAAGGUAUCCUGUAAACCUGGAUACACACUGAAGAUAUCCAAGUUUAAAUAUCGCUGCAGGAAAGGAGAAUGGAAACCUGAGGAGCCUGUUUGUCAACUGGAAUUUUGCCUGGUUCCGCGGAUAGAGAAUGGUUUAGUUCGAAAGGAGGAUCAGGCUGAAGAUGGAGAAGGAGUAGAACUAGGAGAAGGAAACCAUGUACAAGGUGGAGAAGAUGUUUAUGUAUCCUGCAACCCUGGAUAUAAGCUCCGAGGUCCGUCUUCUAUGCAAUGUGGGGGAGGGGGAGGAGGAGUAGGUUGGAAUAUACCAAGGUUUCCGUCCUGCGAACCUGAACCUUGCUCCUUGCCAAGUAUUGAACAUGGAUAUUAUUCUCAUCCUCAUCUCAGCUCUCCUGAUAGUCUGCUAGAGGGAGAAAGUAUAUCCUACUCCUGUCUACCUGGAUACCAAAGAUCCAACACUGAGUUGACCUGCAUGGAUGGGUUACUGCUCCCAGGUCAACCUGAGUGCUGGCUAGGUUCACCAUCCUCUCUACCUGCCCUUGAACCCUCAAUACCUGCCCAUCAACUACCUGUUUAUCCUGUCCAUCAAAACUUUGUAAACCCCAAACUAAAGGAAAAAUCAUUUUGUGCUCCACCAACAGAUCUUAACGGAGAACUGUCAUUUCUUAACUCUCACCUUCAUCACGGAGCAAAAAGUCCUACUCCACACAAACCCGGAGCAAACAGUCCUACUUUACAAAAACCUGGAACAAUCAGUCCUGCUCCAGAUAAACCUGGAUCAAGCAGUUCUGAACCAGUAAACCCGAGUUCUAUUAAUUCUAUAACUUCAACUACCCCCAUUCCUAAAGUACUAGAUCCUGAACCUAUUGUAGGAGCAUCCACUAGUAACAUCCCACUAUCCGUAUACCCUCCAGAAACUGUAAUGGACUUUGGCUGCAUUCUAACCUCGAAGAGUUCCAAAAUAUCUUGGAAAAUUAGGUGUAGAGAAGGGGAGUGGAGGGGUGAAUAUGUCCCCUGUGAUUCUGCAGGAAAUCCCUUAGAUGACGUCACGAAGAUUGCUAUGGUGAAUAGAACCUGUUCCUAUGUCCCAGCUACUCCCAAUCUGGUCGCAUUUUAUAAGGAUUUAGAGGUUCUGAGUAAGCUGAUAUUAGAACCUGGAGCAGUUUUAGUGUUUAGAUGUACGGAUAUAGGGAAGUUUAAACUUGUCGGAGAAAGGAAGUUGGUUUGUGGUGGCGGAGAACUGAUGGGGGAUAUUCCUACCUGUAACCCUCUCUCACAAUCAUUUAAUUACGCCCUUGAUAAACCACCUACAAUACUCUUCAGGCAUGAACAAGGACCUAUAGCUCAGACUAAUACUGGAGAACUGGUUGUGUAUCCAGGCACUAUACUGCAUAUGGAGUGCUUGUUCUUAAAGAAGUUUGGUUCUCCUUCCUGGACAACUAGACGAGUUACAAGAAAAGUGUUUCCUCAGGGCUGGGCGAUAGAUAGGAUGCGGGACUCUACUCUAGAAUAUAGAAUUAGUAUCUACCACGCUACCCCGGGGGAUACUGGAGAGUAUACCUGUACUACCCCUGCCGGUCAAUCUACCUCGGUCAAUAUUAUUGUUGACAACAUUACCUGCCCCUUCAUUCCUUUAUCCAGAUAUUUGAUGAUAUCCAGCAAUGAAACAAUGCUCAGUACUCAAGUCACCUUCUCCUGUUCAAACAGAAAACAGCUGAUUGGUCCUUCAACACUAACUUGUUUAUCAACAGGAUCCUGGAGCAGUAUGCCUCCGGCUUGUGAGAAAAUCAGCUGUCCCUCCCUCAACUCAGUGCUAAAGGAUAUCCAUGUAAGAGCUGAGGUGAUAUCUAAUAAAUCAGGAGGGAAAGUGAAGUUCUCCUGUCCCUCUGGGUUCCUGCUCCGGGGUGACCUAGAGGCUGAGUGCUCCCACACGGGAACCUGGAUUUUCAUCCAUCAACCACAGUGUCAUCCAAUCAUGUGUCCUCCUCCGACUAUUCCGAUACAUGGAGAACUUCAAACUCCAGGACCUUUUAGAGUUGGAGAUAUUGCAAGGUUUGUUUGUAAAAUUGGUCAUAUCAUGAAAGGAUCAUCCUUCUCAGCCUGUAUUGGAGAUGGUACUUGGUCUGAUACACCUCCAUCAUGUACAACAGCAUGUACAUACCCUGGUUCAUCUCCAGGAGGAUUCCUGGACCCUGUCAGGUUCUAUUACAAGGUCGGAGAAACUGCCGAGUUCUUCUGUAAUCCUGGACUAGUGAUCAACGGAACUAAGAUGAUAAAGUGUUUAGAUUCUGGAAACUGGUCUGGUUCUUUUCCUUCAUGUACAACCAAGUAAUACUGUACAAUUCAUUUAUGCACAGCCAAGUAAUACUGUACAAUUCAUUUAUGUACAACCAAGUAAUACUGUACAAUUCAUUUAUGUAAAGCCAAGUAAUACUGUACAGUUUAUUUGUGUACAGUGCAAACACAAGCAAUGUUAGAUUUUAACUUUGUUUACAUCAGAGUGUUUUUGCCAAAACUUUAUUAGUAAAUUGGAAUCGAGUUUUUGCCACAAACUCAAACUUUGUAAUCCCCAUAUCUUUGCAACUUGAUGAUGUAACCCUUUGAUAUUUUAAGCUUAACUUUUUUAUCGACUUUGUAAGACAUUGGGUUGCAAAGAUAAGUUGAUAAGAAAAUCAGACUCAAUUCCAUAGUAAACUUUAUUUACCUAAUAGUUUUAUCGUUCAUUUCCUAAAAGUGCAUAUGCAACAUAAUAUCAAUUAAUAAUCAUUGAUUAAGACCCAACUUUAUGAAUUUGAUGUAGAAUAUUUCUGUUUACAUUCCUAGUUUAAAUACAUUAAACAAUACAAAUUGUUUACAAAAUAACUGAAUAGAUGUUGGUAAUUAUGAAAACGCAAACCAACAUAAAUGAAAAAUUUGGAUUUCGUUCAAGACCCUUUAUGCAAAAAUGGCAAUGCCCAAUUCACAAUUGUACCCUCGAAACCUUUAUCUGAUCAAUAAUGUGGAAGAUAUUGUCGUUAUUUUAGCCUGAGACGUGUUUAAUUCCGAUGUUUGCCUGCAGUAGAAAUGCGCUAGUCACUUUUGUACAGAACUCGCAAUUGAAAAAAAUCAGCUUUCAAAAUCAGAAACAUUAAUCAAGAUCAUAAACAUUAUUUCAAAAUCAUAAACAUUUUUCCAAAAUCAUAAACAUUAUUACAAAAUCAUAAACAUUAUUUCAAGAUCAUAAACAUUAUUCCAAAAUCAUAAACAUUAUUACAAGAUCAUAAACAUUAUUACAAAAUCAUAAACAUUAUUUUAAAAUCACAAGCAUUGAUAUAUUUUGCAAUUUAUCAGACAAAGCUUUUAAGGGUACCGUUGUGAAUUGGACAUUAGCUUCUUUGCAUGGAGGGUAACUUAAAUACAAUAUACCUAUCCGGCACUUCAGCAUUUUAAUGGUAUUAAUCAAAAUUUUAGGGUUUUAUGACAAAAUGCUCCCCAAAAUGCUCCCCAAAAUACUCCCCAAAAUGCUCUCCAAAAUCUUAAAAAUUUUUAUUCAAUUGUAUUCUCAAAAAUUUUCUUUUGCCAAAGUACAUAUUUUGCAAAUGUAAUGAAGAUAAGAUUUUAAAGUACACAAUUGUACAAGUGAUCGGCAUAUAUAUCAAUACAAUUAUAACAAAUUUUUAAUUAAGAUCUGUACUCUGCUAAAUAAAAUCUUGUUAGACAUCAAAACCUAAAAAGAAAGUAUUUUUUAUUUUUAAACAAAUAGUCUAAGUCUUGUUUUUGUCUUUUUGAAGACGACAUUAAUAAAGAUGCGAUUCUGAAACUUUGAAUAAUUCUUAAUUUUUAAACCAAGCAAGCUUUGGAUUUGUUUAAAAUUGUAACAAAGAAAUCGAAAAAAUUUAGCAGUUUUCGUUUCAAUUUUGAAUAUUAAGAAUAUUAACUCUGUAGAGUUGAUAUAAGUCAAAAAUAUGUAAUUAUUUA